AUGGAGAUCAUACCACCUGCCCCUGCGGCACCUUCUAUAGUGCCCACGCCUGAGGCUACAUCUUCUGCUCCUCCUACCACUCUUGGGACUCCACCAGUCGUACUAGCUACAUUAGCACCUCCUCCAUCUGAGUCUACUAUCACCAUAUCCGCUUCAAAGUUUAGAGGCUUAUGUCAUACAUUGCAGACAUUGACUACCACUCAAAGCAUUCUUGCCCAGCAAAUGGCAAUCAUACGUGCACAUCAGGAUCAACUUAUUGCCAUGCAGACCCAACAUACUGCCAUCCUUAGGCAGAUACAGCAGUAUUUGGGUAUUUUGAUGCCACCCGAGCAUGAUAUGCUUGGUCCAUCAAAGCCUACAGAUCCAUCUCAGGAGGCUCCUCCAACAGAGCAAACUAUGCCCCAUGAGGAGACUACUACGGUAGAAAUCGAGACUCCAAUCCAGAGCACUCAGACUACCACAACCGAGCCAUCGUCUCCACAUGAUCCUCCCACCACUACCUGA